AUGGAUGUGAUUACUAGUUAUUUCGAGUUCUACAAUGACUUGGAGAAACAAUGGAUCGUAUUCAGAGACAAGGGUACCAAGACGAUGAACCAAAUGGUCAACGAUCACUUGAAACAAUCGUUUAUCGACGCCUAUCAAUGGCCUGCUUCAAUCAAAGAUAAUCACAUUAUACAGAAUCAACUUAGAUCAAAGAUGUUUGAUUCAAUCUCUCUACAAUAUCAAAGACUUUAUAGUUGUUAUUCUGAAUUGUCAUCGAUAACAGAUAAAUUAAAUCAAAAGGUUGGUCAAUUGGAAUUGGUUGUUAAAGAGAGAUCAUCAGGAUCUAGUUCUCGGUCUAUAUCAACUACAUUGUUGGCAAAGUAUAGUGAACAGUUUAAAUUGGUGAUUGCAAUGUAUACCAAAUCACUAGACAACAAAAAGAGUAUCAUAGAGACACUCUUAUCAAUCUAUGAUCGAGAUCAACUCGUUACACUAGUAUCAUGUUGGCAGAAUGAUAUUCAUAUAGAUCGUAGUUUUAUUGAAACAACUCAAGAUAUGAUGUAUACUGAAAUAUCUUUAUCCUCUUCUUCUUCUUAA